CUCGCUGCUGUGGCCCACGCGUGCUGACGUACCCCACCCAUGCUCGCCUAGUUACUCGCCGUCGGUAUUCUCUCUACUCAGUCUGCUUUCGCUAUUCGUCAACAACACCCCUCAAGUCCAAGCACACCAGUUAUUACACUCGACACGCACGCACGCAGAUAUGUCCGGCCUGAAGAACUCCCCCUUCGGCAAGCGCCUCCGCGCACCCCACCCGGACACUGACAUCGACGACGACCGUGACGCUCCCGCACGCAACAAACCACGCGUCAACCCAAUAUUCGGCGUGUCGAACCUCUCCACGCCUUCCCUUGACUCUCGCUCGACGGAUGAAAGUGCUGGGCCUUCGUCGCCGGAGUUGAGGCCUAAGGAUUAUAACGAUAGGUUUGUACCGUCAAGAGACGAGGGAGAUAUUCGGACGAGUUAUAAUCUUAUGGACGAUGGUGGGCCGCAGACACCCUCUAGGACGCAUAGGAUGAUCCCUACGGAAUCAGAUGCUCUCCGAGAACAAGCAAACACACUAUUCAACUCAAUACUACACACCGAAGUAACACCACCUAACGUUCGAGAAUCCUCACCCGAACGAACAACAAACGCAAAUGCAUCUACAUCAGCAUCCACAUCCGCACUCCCUACCACACCCUCCCGAAAACGUCUCUUCAACUUCACCUCUCCCUCCCGAUCCUCAAACCCCUCCACACCGACCCGACGACUCGACACCCCAACAGACGAAGUCUACUCUCUCAGUCCCGUCCGCGCCGAAUCUCGACGCCUCCUUGAAAGUCCACAACGAAAAUUACGAACUGUAUGCAAGACCCCCUAUCGAGUUUUAGAUGCACCCGAUCUCGCGGACGACUUUUAUCUGAAUUUGGUUGACUGGUCGAGUACGAACAUACUUGGUGUUGGGUUGGGUUCGUGUGUGUAUUUGUGGACUGCACAUACGGCUGUUGUGUCGAAGUUGUGUGACUUGCAGUCCCAGACGGAUACGAUUAGUUCGUUGUCUUGGGUUCAGAAGGGCACAACACUAGCAAUCGGCACCCUCUCAGGUCGGUUACACAUCUACGACGCACACACCCUCCAACUCCUCCGUUCUUACCCACAAGCACACGCCCAACGCGUCGGUGCACUCGCAUGGAACCAACACGUCCUCUCGUCCGGUUCUCGAGAUCGAUUAGUCCACCAUCGAGACGUCCGCGAGGCAAACCAAAGACCGUUUAGGAAAUGCGCGGGACAUAGACAGGAGGUGUGCGGGUUGAAGUGGAGUGGGGAGGGAGGGGGGGUGCAGAGUGCGAUGCUUGCGAGUGGGGGGAAUGAUAAUAAGGUGUGCAUUUGGGAUUUGAGGGGGUCGAGGAGGGCUUCGGUGGUUGGAGUUCCUACUUCCACUUCUGCUACCAAUCCUUCUAUCACUACCAAUUCCACUACCUUUACCACUACCACUUCGGACAUCGCCCCUCCUGGUGUUGUUGCCGCCCCCUCAACUUCAGCAUCAACAUCAACAUCAACAACAGAAGACCCACCAGGAGACCAACCACUCUACAAGUUCCACGAACACACAGCAGCUGUGAAAGCCCUUGCGUGGGACCCUCACGUACCUGGUAUACUCGCAACGGGCGGUGGGACGCAAGAUAAGACGAUCCGUUUUUGGAACGUGCUUAAUGGGAGCAUGUUGAAUUAUUUGGAUACGGGGAGUCAGGUCUGCAACCUCACCUGGUCCCUAACAUCCCACGAACUAGUCUCCACACACGGUUUCUCCUCCUCAACCGCGCAAAAUCAAAUUUGUAUCUGGAAAUACCCAUCCUUAGAUAUGGUCGCUUCCCUCACCGGACAUACACACCGCGUACUCUAUUUGGCUAUGAGUCCCGAUGGAGAGACGAUUGUAACAGGUGCGGGGGACGAGACGUUGAGGUUUUGGAAUGCGUUUCCUAGUAAGAAGGAGGUUGAGAGGGGGAGGAGGGCGGGGAGGGAGGGGGGGAGUAAGUUGGAUUUUGGGAGGUUGAUUCGAUAAGA